CAGAUAUCUUAACUGCAAAUUAGCAGAAGUUGCGAUCAGGCUGUUAAUGUCUGUGGUGACCUCAACCAUGUGCCUCGAGUCCGGUGCCUUAAUGACACUGGGUGGCUCUGCGUUUGUAGGAGCAAAGUCAAAGGGCCAUAAAGUGGCGUAUGAUUGGAAAAGCUCUCUUCUUCCUGCUCUGUAGUCACUCAAGGAAAAGUUCCCUCUGCAGCGGCCGGGCUUCCACCAGAGACUCGUGUUGCCGGACUUGAUCCACCAUGCUGCACUUGAGGAAGGGGGAUUUUGUUUGGGUGGACUCUGGCGAUGGGGUGCCGAUCGGGGCGGAGGUCAAGGUGACGGACACGGGACAGCUCCAACUGAUCGAUGAUGGAGGAAAGGAGCACAAGAUCAACAAGAACACGGAGGGCAGCAUCCGACCCAUGCACCCCAGCUCCGUGAAGGGCGUGGACGACAUGAUAAGGCUCGGUGAUCUGAACGAGGCGGGGCUCCUCAGGAACCUCCUGGUGCGACACAAAGAGGGCAUCAUCUACACGUAUACAGGCUCCAUUCUGGUCGCAGUCAACCCCUACCAGCUGCUGCCCAUCUACACGGCCGAGCAUGUGCACAUGUACACGGAUCGACGGCUGGGUGAACUGCCGCCGCACGUCUUCGCCAUUGCAGACAACUGCUUUUUCAACAUGCACCGCAACAAAAAGAACCAGUGCUGUGUCAUCAGUGGAGAGUCAGGAGCAGGGAAAACUGAGAGCACCAAGGUGAUGUUGCAGUUCCUGGCAGCAGUGAGCGGCCAGCACACCUGGAUCGAGCAGCAGAUCCUUGAAGCCAACCCCAUCUUGGAGGCUUUUGGUAACGCCAAAACCAUCCGCAACGACAACUCCAGCCGGUUCGGGAAAUACAUUGACAUCAACUUCACCGAGGGCGGGGCCAUCGAGGGGGCCCGCUUUGAGCAGUACCUGCUGGAGAAGUCCAGAGUGUGUCGCCAGGCACCAGGGGAAAGAAACUACCACAUCUUCUACUGCAUGCUGAUGGGCAUGCCGGCUGAGCAGAAGAAGAUUCUUUCCCUCGGCAACGCUGCUGAGUACAACUAUCUGACCAUGGGCAAGUGCACCAGCUGUGAGGGACGCGAUGACGUGACGGAGUACGCCCACUUCCGUUCAGCUCUGAAGAUCCUCAUGUUCACAGAGAACGACUCCUGGGAAAUCUCCAAGCUGCUCGCUGCCAUCCUUCACCUGGGCAACGUGAACUUCAGGGGCACCAUGGAAAAUAACCUGGAGGGCUGUGACAUCCUCACAUCGUCCAAUUUGGCGAUGGCGAGCCAACUUUUAGAGGUGGAUGCCAAAGAGCUGGAGAGGAAUCUGACUCAGCGCUCCCUCAUGACCACCAGGGAGAGUGUGACCAAGCCUCUGACCUCCGCCCAGGCCGUGGAUGGCAGGGACGCCUUUGUCAAGGCUAUCUAUGGAAAACUCUUCAUUUGGGUGGUGGACAAAAUCAACGCUGCCAUUUACAAGCCGCCUGAGGAUCCCAAUAAGGUCCCACUGUCGAUAGGCCUGCUAGACAUCUUUGGAUUUGAGAACUUCAGCAAAAACAGCUUUGAGCAGCUGUGCAUCAACUUCGCCAACGAGCAGCUGCAGCAGUUUUUCGUCCAGCACGUUUUCAAGCUGGAGCAGGAGGAGUACGCGCGUGAAAACAUCGUUUGGAAGCACAUCGACUACGAGGACAACCAACAGACCUUGGACGUACUGGCCAACAAGCCCAUGAACAUGCUGGCUCUCGUCGACGAGGAGAGCAACUUCCCCAAGGGCACAGAUGCCACAUUGCUCCAAAAAAUGAAUCAGUUCCACGGGAAAGGGGAAAUCUACAUCCCCCCCAAGAACGACCAUGAGGCGCAGUUUGGAAUCAAGCAUUUUGCAGGGGUGGUUUACUACGAUUCCAAAGGUUUUCUGGAGAAAAACCGUGACGCCCUCAGCUCCGACCUGAUUCACCUGGUGGAAACCUCGACCAACAACCUCCUCAAGCAAGUGUUUCAAAAAGAGCUGUCCUCCGGCACGAUCCGGAGCAGUGCCAACCCAAAGAUGACCAUCACCACACCCAAGAACAGCCUCCGCCAAACAGUUGAAAGCAAGAAGCGCGUGCCAACUCUCGCCGGCCAGUUCCGUCAGUCCCUGGAUUCCCUGAUGAAAACACUGACUGUGUGUCAGCCCUAUUUCAUACGCUGCAUUAAACCCAAUGAGUCCAAGAAGCCCAUGCUGGUCGACAGAGAGCUGUGCAUUCGCCAGCUCCGCUACUCUGGUAUGAUGGAGACCAUCAGGAUCCGGAAAGCCGGGUAUCCUGUACGCUACACCUUCGACGAGUUUCUUGAACGCUAUCGUGUCCUGCUGAAGACAUCCGUCUGCGAUCCCAAAACAGAAAGGAAAGAGAAAUGCUGUGAAACCAUUUGUGAAACCGUGCUGACUAUGGAGGGCGACUGGAAGGCUGGGAAGACAAAGAUAUUCCUAAAGGACUUCCAUGACACAAUGCUCGAAGUGGAGCGAAUGAAAGAACUGAAUGAGAAAGCGCUUUUGAUCCAGAAAGUCCUGAGGGGCUACAAAUACAGGAGUGCGUUCCUGAAGAAAAGGGCAGGCGCUCUCGUCAUACAGAAACACUGGAGAGGACACAAAGGAAGAAAAUUGUACAAAGUGGUCCAGCUCGGCUUUGCGAGGCUGCAGGCACGGGUUCGCGCUCGCCAACUCCACCUGCAGUACAAGCGGAAGCGGGAGGCAGCCGUCGUGCUGCAGGCCCAGGCCCGAGUAUACCUGGCCAGGAAGGAGAUGAGGCGCAAGAGGAAGGCUGUGAUCCUCCUGCAGGCCCACACCAGAGGUGUGCUGGCAAGAAAGGCUCUCAAAAAGUUGAAAAGAGACAUGUACCUCUCUGCCAAAGAGAAAGAAGAAGAGCAGCGGAUCAUCUUGGAGCGACAGAAACACUUGGAGGACGUGCUGAGGCGGAAGAAAGAGAUGGAGGACAAGGCUCUGUCGGACGCCAUCACAGACCAGGAGAUGGUGGACAGCAUCUUUGGCUUCCUUCCCCCUAUUAUUGGAGGGCAAGAGGGGCAGGCACCUGUGGGAUUUGAGAACUUGGAGGGGAAAAGGAUCGUUACCGAGGAGAUAGACAUUGACGACCUCCCCAUGGAGGAGGAUCUUCCCACAGAGGACUACGACGACCUGAACGAGUAUUCCUUCUCCAAAUUUGCCUCCAUGUACUUCCAGGGUGCCGCCAACCACGCCCACAUCCGCCAGAGGCUCCGUCAGCCCCUGCUCUACCACGAGGACGAGGGAGACGUUCUGGCAUCGCUGACAGUGUGGUGGAUCAUUCUGAGGUUCAUGGGAGACCUCCCCGAGCCCAAGAAGCAGGUCCAGGUGCAGGGAACCUCCACGCAGGAACGCCUUCUGCCCAAGGACCUGAUCACCAGGAAGAACAGACGUUUCAGCCACAUGGUGGGCCUGGACCAGCGGGUGCUGAGGAAAAAAAAUGAAACAAAGCCCCCCAACGUCCCGGAGGAGCCAGCACAAAACAGAAAGACCUCAAUUUUCACAGACCUCCUGACGAGAAACAGGAAAGCUUCUGCCGUGCCCAGUGAGGCAGCUCCAAACCCAAAGGUAUACACUGUACCAGAAGGAAGGGCAGCAAGGAAGGGGUCCACGUUCACCGACCUACUCUCCAGGAACAGAAAAGCAUCCACCGUUCAGCAGAACGGAAUCCCCAAAUCCACUGCUAAAUUCAGGAAACCCUCGAUCAUCAUGGAGGAGUCAGAUGAUGUGACUGAAGUAUCCAAACCUCCGACACUGCAGACUGUGGAGGAGGACAGUGAUGCCGUGGUUGGAGAAGGACCCACCCUGGAACGGCCGAUGACCUCCCUGGAAAAGCUUCACAUCAUUGUGGGAUAUGCCCUUGUCCGACGUGACCUCAGGGAUGAGAUUUACUGUCAGAUCUGCAAGCAGCUUCAGGACAACAACAAUCGCAACAGCUACUUCCGUGGUUGGAUCCUUUUGUCCCUCUGCCUGGGCAUUUUCCCUCCAAGUGAGCGCUUUAUAAGGUACUUGCAAAGUUUCAUCCGUUCCGCUCCCGGAGGCUACGCUUCCUACUGUGCUGAAAGGCUGCGUCGGACAGUAAUGAAUGGAGCGCGAGGGGAGCCCCCGGCCUGGCUGGAGCUGCAGGCAACCAAGACAAAGAAGCCCAUGGUUGUGUCCGUGUUACUGAUGGAUGGACGGUCGAUCAACCUGCCCGUUGACUCAGCGACUACCUCCAGAGAGAUCUGCCAAGUCCUGUCCAACAAAGUCAGACUCAAGGACACCUUCGGCUUUUCUCUCUACGUGGCUCUGUACGAAAAGGUGUGGGCUCUGGGCGGCGGCCGGGAGCACGUGAUGGACGCGAUCUCCCAGUGUGAGCAGGAGGUGAAGAGGAGAGGAGGGCAGGAGCAGCACGCUCCCUGGCGACUCUUCUUCCGCAAGGAGGUGUUCACCCCCUGGCACGACUGUAGAGAGGACAAGACCAGCACAGAACUCAUCUACAAGCAGGUCGUCCAUGGCCUCAAGUUCGGAGAGUACCAGAGUGAGAAGGAGGAUGAUUUUGUUCAGCUCGCUGCAAAACACUUGUACAUCCAGCACGGCUCAGAGGGCAGUCCGGAGGAUGUGAGACAAGCGGUUCAGGACUGCAUCAACCCCUCUUUGCUGGAGGCCAAGUCGGAGGCCAAGUGGGUGCAAAUGGUCAGCACUGCUCAUGCUCAGGCUCCAUAUCUGAGUUCAAGAGCAAAGACGGACUCGGUGAAGGCAGAGAUGGUCGACUACGCUCAGAAGAAGUGGCCCAUGUUCUUCUCCAGGUUCUUUGAAGUUGUCAAAGUGUCAGGACCUCCACUGCCAAAGAGCAAGUUCAUAGUAGCUAUAAACUGGACCGGUAUCACAUUCUUGGAUGAAAGAGAGAAGAGGCUGCUGGAGCUCUCCUUCCCCGAGCUGACAGGAGUCAAUACUACAAGGGAGGGUAAAGCCUCUGGUCAGGUGGUGUGUCUGCUGACGCUGAAAGGAGACUUCACUCUGAGCGGCUCUGCAGCUGGGGACAUGGCCGAGCUGGUCACCAUGUUCCUCGGUGGACUGGCGGAGCGAUCGCGGUACGCCGUGGCUCUGAGGGAAGUUGACAGACAAGAUGACCCCACGUUCCUCAGCUUCAAGAAAGGAGAGCUCAUCGUAAUUAUCAAAGAUGACGAGUUUUCUCAGCAACGUGGCUGGAUUAAGGGCCAGAUUGAGAGCACAAAACAAACAGGAGCUGUCCCCACCGACGCCGUCUUAAUCCUGCCAACGCUCAACAAACCCACCAAUGAGCUCAUGAGCCUUCUAAGCCUGUCUCCCAACCAGCGAAAGAACAUCAUACAGGCGAACAAGAAGGAAACAGGCACAUUGGAGAGGUUGGCUCCCGCCACACUGAAGGAAUUUUCCCUCGAGCACUUCAGGCAGCCCACUAAGGAUGUGAACCGCCAGGUGAUGUCCAGGAACGCGGCUCCUGAGAGGCUGUGGGCAAACUCCAGAGAGCCAAUCAGACAGGCCCUCCUCAAGAAACUGGAGGGCAACUCAGAGCUGAGCCACAAAGCAAGUCUGGCUUUCACUGCGAUCCUGAAAUAUAUGGGAGACUACCCCGCCAAGCAGAUGCACAGUCCCCUGGAGCUCACCGACCAGAUCUUCGGGCCUGCCACUCAAAACGAGGCGCUCAGGGACGAGAUCUACUGCCAGAUCAUGAAGCAGAUGAGCAGCAAUAACAACCGGUUCAGCAUGGAGCAGGGCUGGCAGCUGCUGUGGCUCUGCUGCGGCCUGUUUCCUCCCAGCCAGUCCCUUCUGAAGCACACUCAACGCUUUCUGGAGUCACGCCGCAGAGAACCGCUGGCCUCCGACUGCCUGCAGCGGAUGCGGAGCUCCCUGAGGAUGGAGCCCAGGAAGCUCCCGCCGCACCAGGUGGAGGUGGACGCCAUCCAGCAGAACAGCAUCCAGAUCUUCCACAAAGUCCACUUCCCCAACGACACGGAGGAGAUAUUUGAGGUUGCGACCAACACCAGGAUCAGGGAUCUCAUUCAGAACAUAACCACAAAGCUCAAUCUGGCCUCGGCAGACGGAUUCAGUAUUUUUGUCAAGACGGAUGACAAGGUCCUCAGUCUGAACGACGCGGACUACUUCUUUGACAGUCUGAGACAAAUCACUGACUGGUCCAAAAAAGCCAAGAGGGUCAAAGAUGGUGGGCCAGUCAGCAUAUCCUACAUUGUGUUCUUCAUGAGGAAGUUGUGGUUCAACGUGGUGCCCGGCAGAGACAUAGAGGCCGAUCUUAUCUUCCAUUUCCCUCAGGAGCUACCCAAGUACCUGAGAGGUUAUCAUGUCUGCACCAAAGAUGAAAUGGUCAACAUUGCGGCUUUGCUCUUCAGGAUGAAGGUCAACAACGACAAGAGCCAGUUUGUCAUGAUUCCCAGGUUGCUGAAGGAGCUGGUGCCCGCCGACCAACUGAAGGCCAUGUCUGACAACGAGUGGAAGAAGAGUGUUGUUGCCUCUUAUAACAAACACGCCGCCAUGACUGUUGAAGAAGCCAAGGUGGCGUUUCUGAAAGCGGUUUGCCGCUGGCCGACUUUCGGCUCGGCGUUCUUUGAAGUCAAGCAAACAUCAGAACCUAAUUUCCCAGAUAUCGUGCGAAUUGCCGUCAGCAAGCAAGGGCUGACGAUCAUCCACCCGAGAACCAAGGAUGUUUUGGCGAAUCACCCAUUCAACCGCAUCGCGAACUGGUGCAGCGGCAGCACCUACUUCCACAUGACCAUUGGCAAUUUGGUGAAGGGAAGCAAAUUCCUCUGUGAGACAUCCCUGGGUUACAAGAUGGACGAUCUCAUAACCUCCUACGUCAACAUGUACCUCCGGGAGAGGAGGGCAGGCCAAAACAGGAACCAGCGCUUCAAUAUUUGAGCCUUGCGAUUCUUUCGAAGCAUGAGUGUGACGCAACUCUGUAGCUGCAGAUGUCGACGUGUAGUUCAUGCACACUCGCAAGGAGAGCCGAGCACAGAUAGUUCUGGAUGGGGGGGUUUUUGUGUGUAAGUGCAAUUGACUUUGUGUUCGUGACAACACAUUGAUUUAUUAUAUGAAACAAAGUGGCUGAAUGUAGAUUUCUCACGUAUUAUUUAACACGUUGAACGUUUCUUUAGCACGUACUGUAUGAAAGUGACAAACCACCGAACAAUGUUUAACAGAUGUCUGUGAUGAAAUGGCGUUCACAAACCCUUCUAUCUCCUGUUCAGCCAUAUCAAAUGAAUUGUACGACUGCUCCACGAUAAUUAUAAAAUCCUCAUAUUAA